AUGAUGAUAGGCCUACAACGUGAUCUCGGGAUAAUGUUUAUUAUCACAUUUUGCAUUGCUAUAAAUCCAUCAAGCGGGAAGACAUGCUCCGACGAAAUCAACUUUAAACCAGUAAAGCAUCCGUCCAUAUUUAGCGAACUUACAAGUUCCGAAAUAGGCGAAGUGUUACGGUACAUUAAGAAAGAACUGAAUACAACAAAGUCAACAAACUCAGGCUUGUCAGAUACAUUCGCAUAUGUAAUUGAAAAGAAAACCACUUCAAAGGAAGAUGUUUUGGAACAUAUCGAUCGUAAUGGUCCAGUGCCUAUACGAGAAGCAAGAGUGGUUUUGUAUUCGCCUCUAGAAAUCGCAGAAUACACGGUAGGACCAUUGCCAAAUCUAAAAUACCAUUUUAGAGCGGAAAAUCCAAGAUGGAAUCGCAGGGACUUGAAAUUUACAGAUCGCACAUUUCUCACACCAUCUGAUGCUUCAGCAAUAGAUGCGCUCGUUCACAAGGAAGGACGCAAAUUGAAAAGACUAUUGCAGGAAAGCUUUGAUGAAUUUCAUAUGGAAGACGACUGCCGUAAACGCUGCAUUUCGUAUAACUUUUUGAGACCGACUGUACUUGAACACAGUCGUAUUAUGUGGGUUUACCUUGGACGUAAGGUUGAUAUUUCAUUAGGAUCAGACCGUUUGUAUCCUUUACCUCUUCAGAUGCUAUUGAAUAUGACAAGUUCCCAUUCUACAAGUUGGAAAGUAUUCCAAGUGUGGUACAAUGAUCAAUUUUUCGAUUCCUCUGACGAUUUGAUGAGAAAAUAUAACAAUGGAACAGUAACUAGGGUGACCAUACCCUUAAGUAAUACUGAUAUAUUUUCUUCAAUGAAACAACGUGCUAAAAAGAACUCUAAAUCUAGCAAAAAGAGGGGACCCGAUUGCUUUCCUCAAGAUGGCAGACGCUUUGCAAUUGAAGGGAAUCGAGUGACAUAUAAUAAUUGGGAAUUCGAAUACUCCAAUCGGCAAUCGACGGGCCCACAAUUAUUUGACAUUCGAUUUAGAAAAGAAAGAAUUGUUUAUGAGCUGAGCCUUCAGGAGGCAUUGUUAUCGUACUCAGGCAAUACCCCGAUGAGCCAUCAGGCCAACGUAUAUCUUGACGGUGAGGUUCUUCUUGGGAACCUUAUUUCCCCAAUGGCUCCUGGUGUUGACUGUCCUAAAGGUUCAACCUAUUUCAAUAGUACUAUAUACAACUACAUUUUUGGCACAAGCGUUGUGAUUCCGAACGCAUUUUGCAUUUUUGAGGACAUUGAUGGUCCACCUUUGAAACGCCAUUAUGAACAUACAUUAGAUGGAAGUUACACAUUCUACGCUGGCAUGCCAAACAACGCAUUGGUUCUUAGAACAAUGCAAACUAUUGACAACUAUGAUUACAUCUAUGAUUUUAUAUUCUAUCAGAAUGGAGUCCUAGGCACUAAAGUCUCGGCAUCUGGUUAUGUAGUAACUGAGUUCACAAAAGACAGCACAGCGAAAAGAGGAAAAUAUGGAUUUCAAAUACAUGAAAAUAUAUUUACUACGUUUCACCAACAUCUUUUCAAUUUCAAAGUUGAUUUGGACAUCAAAGGAAGGAGCAAUAGACACGAAACACUGGCUGUGAAAAUCAGACCGACAACUCAUAAAGUAGGAAAGAAUAUACGGGAUGAAUCAUACGAACAAUAUAUAAAAACGUAUCUUAAAACAACGGAAAAUCAAGCUAACUAUAGGUUUAAAUACUCUCAACCUAAGUUUAACAUUUUUUACAACAACAAUGCGCCUAAAAGUAAAUUGAAAUACAACAAAGCGUAUUAUCUAGACAACCAAGGAGCAAGCAAAUUCUUAUUCCCAGAUAAAUGGUCUAAAAUGGGAUCGGUGGCAUGGGCAAAAUAUCAGUUAGCGGUUACACGAUAUCACGAUGAUGAGGACACGAGUUCAACGAUCUACAAUUCCUUCAACCAAUUAGAUCCAGUUUUGAAUUUUGACUCGUAUAUAUCAGAUAAUGAAAAUAUAACGGAUGAGGAUUUGGUUGCAUGGGUCACAGUCGGGCUACAACACCUUCCUACUUCCGCUACUGAUGUCCCGGUAACAACAACUGCAGGCAAUACUCUUAGCUUCUACUUAAAACCGUUCCACUAUUUUGACGAGGAUCCAUCCAUGUCAUCAGACGACAACGUUUUCAUCACUCCAGGACAAAAUGGCGAAGAAAAUGUUGAUGAAAAUGAAAACAAUGCUUUGGAAAACUGCUCCCCACCUAAGGAUAAGAUACUGUAA